GAGGAAGAAUAGCCUGAUGGGUCACCCUCUCUAUUGGGAUGCAAUAACCAGACCUCUACAAAUCUCUAAAGUCACCAUAUUUAAUAACAAUAUCUCAGCUUUUUCUGGUUUGUUUGAUGGAUAUUCAAGCUGAUGAGGCCACAAAAAGUCCAUUGAUAUGUGAUUUUCGAACUGGGUUUUUGUCGGCGGUUGGACUUUUUCACGAUAGAGGACAAAGAGCUUAGAUUUUGCGCUGCUUCUGAGUGCCUUGAUAUACUUUGCUCAAAAGGAGAAAGAUGCAACGGGUUCGAUUGUCCUCCCAACAGGCACCCGUACACAAGCUAGGGGAUUCUCAAAUUACAUUAUCCCCAAAGUUUAGGUUAGCGGUUAUCCAAUCUUCUUUGUUGAAUCCUUCCCCAGACUUAGAGUUAUCUCACGGGGGAGAACCCCUCAUUCCGGGCCUUCCUGAUGAUGUUGCACUUAACUGUCUCCUUCGGCUUCCAGUCCAGAGCCACACAGCAAGCAAAGCUGUCUGCAAGCGUUGGCAUCUACUGCUUGGUAGUAAAGAGCGGUUUUUCACUCGAAGAAAAGAAUUAGGCUUCAAAGACCCUUGGCUUUUCGUCUUUGCCUAUCAUAAGUGCACUGGAAAGAUUCAGUGGCAGGUUCUUGAUCUCACUAAUUUCUCUUGGCACACUAUCCCUGCCAUGCCCUGCAGAGAAAAAGUUUGUCCCCAUGGAUUCAGAUGUGUUUCAACUCCCCGUGAUGGCACUCUCUUUGUUUGUGGUGGAACGGUCUCUGAUGUGGAUUGUCCACUUGACUUGGUCCUGAAAUAUGAAAUGCAGAAGAAUCGGUGGACUGUGGUGAAUCAGAUGAUAAGUGCUAGGUCAUUUUUUGCAAGUGGAGUUAUUGAUGGGAUGAUUUAUGUGGCUGGAGGAAACAGCACAGAUCUUUUUGAGCUUGACUCAGCUGAGGUUUUGGACCCUGUUGAAGGGACUUGGCAUCCCAUUGCGAAUAUGGGAACAAAUAUGGCCUCUUAUGAUGCAGCAGUUCUCAAUGGAAAGCUUCUUGUUACCGAAGGCUGGUUGUGGCCUUUCUAUGUCUCUCCCAGGGGUCAGGUUUAUGAUCCAAGAACUAAUAAUUGGGAGAGUAUGGCUGUUGGACUGAGAGAAGGCUGGACAGGUUCAAGUGUGGUGAUUUAUGGCCAUUUGUUUGUGGUCGCAGAGCUUGAAAGGAUGAAGCUUAAAGUUUAUGAUGCGGAUACUGAUAAGUGGGAAGCAAUAGAAGGGCCCCCUUUGCCAGAGCAGAUAUGUAAACCCUUUGCUGUGAAUGCCUGCGAUUGCAGGAUAUACGUUGUGGGUAGGAACCUUCAUGUUGCUGAGGGUCACAUCUCAAGGGUUAGCCGUAAAGGAACUUGUGAGAAGAAGUGGUGCUUUGGUGUUCGAUGGAAUGUGGUCGAUUCCCCAGAUUGUUUCUCUGACUUGACACCCUCAAGCUCACAGGUCCUGUUUGCUUAGCUUUUCAUGUUUCGUCACUUUGUAUGUCCUUAAAUAAGUUUCUAUAUAAAAUACUUAAGCUGUACUGAGCUAUAAUGGUUGUGUGUAAAAGGGUUUGGUGGUUAUUGGAAUGUAUGAAUUUAAGUAUAUGGUUGUUCAUCCUUUGAUUUUGCCUUC